ACAGAGACAAGUAGGGACAAUAUAGGAGAAACGUAAAAAUGGAAAUGAGAGGUUAGGUGCGCGUCUCUUUCCAAGUGCGAGGAAAGCGGUCGCAUCUUUUUUCUUUCCAUCGAUCGCGUAAUCGGACGAGAAAAGCAUCUGACUCAUUAUAUUAUUGGUAUCUCUCAUUAAUGCUUGUUAAUAGCAAUCUUCGCGUUUCUAACGGGAACGCGAAUCCACGAUUGAGGUUAUAACGCGUGAACAAUGAUCAACAAUGAUGUAAUCGCUAAAGAUAUGAACGAACUAUAUACUGUACUGGAAGAUAUUAUACAUCAAGAUACAUCAUUUUGGUUAAAUCCAUAGAAAAAUGAAGUGGAUAUCAAGUGUGAACAGACAGUCGGUAUUGCCGAUUUUAUUAGGCAUAUCUCUAACAACUUUUGGACUGUCAGUGGCACUUGUGUUGUUUAAUAUGCUUGAAAAGGAGGAUGAUGAUGAUGAUAGAAAGAAACAUGAUCGGGUAGCAAAAAGAGAGUCUAAACGCAAGGAAGUCUGUGUAAAAUUGAGUAUACCUCAUAAGUGUGUACCCGCUGUUAUCGGUAAAGGUGGUACUGUGAUAACAAAUAUCCAAGAGUUAACCAACACGCGCAUCAAAAUGGAUGAGGAAAUCUCAUUUAAUUCAGAACGUAUCUGUAACAUAUGGUCCGACGACAUGAAAAACAUUACCUCGGCGAGGAGUAUGAUACAAUAUAUAGUAGAGAAUCAACCUGUCAUCGAAACCUUUGAAUUGUUCCUGCCUUUCGAAGCCUUUAAAGAAGUUUUUCCAAGGCCAGCUGAAUUUGUGCAACAGAUUCAAAAAACCUACGGCGUAAAAGUUACAGUUGAGAAUGUUGGAUUGAAGCAAAGGGUUACAAUAAAGGGAACUGUUGACCAAAUAGCAUCAGCCGUUAUAGAAAUAGAAGACAGAGUUCAGGAAAAUUUCGAAGCUCAAUGCCAGCUAGAGAAGUAUCUUUCAUCUGGAAGAAUGCCUGAAUAUUGUGGAGAUUCUGAUGCUGAAGACAUGAUAAACGAUCCUGAUAGUGAUAUUUAUGAUUAUUUAGUGCCAUAUAAUGUUUGCAGAGGAAUCAUAGAGAAAGAUAGGUGUGCUAUGGAAGAAAUAGAAAAGUCUUCUGGUGCAAAAAUCAUAGGUUAUGAAGCUAUUGCUAAUUACAAAGAUACAAGAGACAGAAAUAUAGUAAUAAAAGGGACUGAUGAACAAGUGAAGUUAGCCGCUAGUCUGAUAAAAAGUAAAACUAAGCAUCUUAUUUUAAAUCCUGCAUUACAAAAUGGUUCAAUGGAAGUAUUUGUAUCUGCGAUGAAGUCGCCAAACCUGUUCUGGAUUCAAGUGAUAAAUAGUGCAAACGUUGAGUUACAGUGCUUAGUAUACGAGAUGACGGAAUAUUACAAUAAAGAGGAAAAUUGCAAGCUUCAUAUUUUGAAAACAAUAAUAAAAGGCCAAACGGUAGCAGUCAGACAUAAAUAUGACAACAAGUGGUAUCGUGCAGAAGUAAUGUCCGUCUUAAACUCCCCUAUGUACCAAGUCUUUCUUGUGGAUUAUGGAGAUGUGAAAAUCGUGCAUGAAGAUGAUAUGUUGGAACUCUGUACAAAUAUGUUGAGCUUACGACAGCAGGCGGUGGAGUGUUCGCUGACAAACGUGAAGCCACCAGGAGACAAGUGGACUUCCAAAGCCUGCGAGAAGUUCGCCGAAUUUGUUCAUUUAGGGAAAUGGGAACCGCUUAUUGCUACAGUUAAAGGCUACAAAGAGCGUGUGGUCGCACACGAAGAACCUCACCGUAAAGGGUCAGUGAUUCCUUGCAUUGAUCUGUACGACAAGGCUAACAAUCGGAACAUUGGGGAUAAUUUGGUACAAAUAGGAUUGGCUGAAAUCGAGGAAGUGAGUUUCACACGUUUGUCUCGCCGUCGUAGAUGCAAUUCUCCAUUCAUUCUAUCCGAUCCUGAGUAAAUGCUAUUCAUAAGGCCAAUAUUAAUUUCAAGAAAUAAUUGAAUUAAUGGUAUCAAAAGAGGCAAUAAUGUUUAUUUAUCAUAUUUUUAAGAAUAUACUGUGACUCACGAAACUGAUGUGAAUAUUGACAAUUCUUCUUUUCGUUUUAUUUCAUUUAUGAUAACUUUUUAGGAAUCUGAGCAGCCGAUUGAAGAAAUAAAAAAUACUGAUAAAGAAGCAAAUGAACAAUUCUCUGACCAGUAAAAGAAAAAUAUUAAUAUAGGACACACUACGCGAAUAAUCUUCGAAUGAAUUUGAAUAGCAACUUAGAUGAAACAUAUCGAACUACUCAAAUUAAUCCAAACAUUAUGCAGAGCGAAACCAAGUAUUAAGUUCGAUUCUUUUUCUGUUUGGAGUCACUAUACUGUAUUAUUUAUAUACAUAUAUAUAUAUAGUAGUUCCUAUUUUAUAA